AUGAUCGAGGACGAAAUCUACAAAACCUCCACACAAUUCCGGAUAUGGUCCUACACAAAAGAAUCUUUGAAAUCAUUACGAGAAAAUACGAAUGCCGCUGCUUGUGAGCGUCUCCGAGCUGCCCAGAACCGAGCACGCGAGGCACCCAGAUCUGCGACCCCUUCGACAAGCGGGAAUCUAACACCAAACCCAAGCGAUGGUGAUUCAAAGGUAGAAGCAGCGCUGGGCAAAGAUGUGGAUUGCUUGUCGGCAGAGGAGGAGCUUAUGUUCGUGAGAUAUUAUUGCGAACAAGCUCUGGAGUUAGGCAAUAAUUACAAACCAGCGUUGCCAACAAUGGUUAGAGCAACUGCUAUACAAUACCUUUGGCGAUUCUACCUUACAAAUUCCGUCAUAACAUACCAUCCCAAGAUAAUUAUGCCCUGCGCACUUUUCCUCGCCAUUAAAACCGAUAAUUACUAUAUCUCAUUAAACGAAUUUCGCAAAAGCGGCCUCAGGUAUACAUUUGAUGUGCGCCAUCCGUUUCGUGGGCUGGAGGGUGGGAUUAUGGAAUUACAAGCAAUUGCGCAAGGCGAGGGACAACCUGGGCCUCUUAUUACGGGACAAACACCCGCAAGCAUGAAGCAAGCCAUCGAUAACAUUGAACCACUUCCAGGAGUCGACAAAUUAUCCCCGUCUUCUCGAAUAUCAGCGGCCCAUGGCAAAGCUCGAGACCUAUUAAAGACAGCCGCUCAAAUGACGGAUGCUUAUUUUUUCUACCCACCGUCACAGAUUUGGCUGGCUGCCCUCUUCGUUGCCGACAAGCCGCUUGCGCAAUUCUAUCUGGACACUAAAAUAGGCUCAGGGGUAAACACCGCAGAGGCUGAUUCUCAAAAUCCGUUGGAGAUGAUUCGCACAAAGUUGAUGGCUACGCUUUCGGAUUGCGCCAGUCUAUUGGAGUCUUACGCCCCAGUGGCUUCCAAUCCGGGCACAAUGAAAGACCUUAUAGCUAUAGCCAAGAAGGUAUAUCAGUGUCAGAUGGUUGAGAAGCUGGAUCCUGCACCUCCCGGCAGCGGACAGAAACGAUCAAGCGGAAGCUUACCUGGAGCCGAAGGUGCGUCCGAAAGUGAAUUGGAAAGAGCAGCUAAGAAGCGACGGCUGGAGCGUGAGAGACGAGAACAGGAGAGCAAAGAUAUUUUUGGCGGGGAGUUACCUGGUGGCUCAGCGGAAAAAGGCUGGUUGAAAUGA